GUUCCAAACAAGAAACCAGAAACGGCUCAAUAUACUUACGAAGAACUUCUGAUUUUGUUGUUUUAGCGUAGGUCGUUAGCGAAAAUAUGUCGUAUUUAGAUAUAGCUAGAUAACUCUGCUACUUGUUUAUUCAUAUUUCGCUUACGGAUAUGGGCUGUGAUCUUUUCCCACAUGUUAGCAAGCUAACGAUAGCUAGCUAGCUAGCUACAAUCUAACUUGCCAGCAAAUAAGCAGGCACUAUAGCGAGCUAAUAAUUAACCAUGUCUAGCUCUUUAACGGCAGAGCAGCAGCAGAAGAUAGAGGAGAACAAACGGAGAGCUUUAGCGAUUAGAGCACAGAGACAGGCUGCUCAGUCUAACAACCAGACGCCCAUAUCAGGGCUCAACAACCCUGCCAGUGCUCCUCAGCAAGGCAUUAACACUCACUCUGGUCCACCUUCUAACUCAACUCCCCGACCAGGACUAACUCAUCAUCCACCUAAUACUGUGCUUCAGAAUUAUGUUCCACGGGGUCAAGACAGGAGACCUAACCAGUUGUUUUCUAGCCCAAGGGACAAGUCUGGACAGAAUUCACCAUUCUCCAAUACUGCCACUAAACAGAUUAAAGUAAUAGACCCACUACCUCUCCCAAAGGGACAACAUUCAUUGAAAGGGUUAGAUGUGUCUACAGGAGGAAGCCCCUCAGUGUUCAACAACCAUUUCAGCCAAAGACAACAGGUUGCCCAUCAUUCUCUGCUUUCUGGAAGUUCCACUGGUACUGGUAGUUCAUAUGGAGCCAAGUCAUCAUCAUCAUCAUCAUCAUCAGGCCAGAACGUCUCCUCUGUGUUCAAACCUCCACAGCUGAAUAAAGCAGUGUUACCUGGUCCGUAUCCUACUUCUACAAGUGCAACUGGCAGUUUCUCUGUUUCUAAACCUCAUCCAAAGACCUCUUCUUCUGGGCUGGGCUUCAUUCUGGAAGUGCCAUUGGUAGUUUUAUAA